AUGCUAUGCGCCCUUCUUUAUACGGAGUACUCCGUGUCAACAAAGGAACACGGUUUUCAGCUCGACAGAAAGAUGAUUGUUAAUGCACCUAGCACCUACGGAUACGGUGUGGCAGGGCCUCUAAGCGAACAACUUCUAGAACUUCUUAUUCGGGAAUAUGGGGUGCCUAUCACUUUCCCGGAGACGUCGACCAUCGGCAUUUCGAAUCUCAGAAGCGCCCAUUUCCAUGCCAAUAAAGCAGAUUUGACAGCUGAGGACGCUGAUCUCGCUCGUGAGAUCUUCUCUGGAAAAUUGAGAGCAUAA